CCGCCGCUGUUAUUUAUUUCUCAUUUCACUUGGCCAAAUAGAAAGAAGAGCAGCCCUCCCGCCCCGCCCGCCUGCCCGCCAUGUGUGGAAUUCUCGCCGUCUUCGGUUGCAUUGACAACUCCCAAGCUAAACGCUCCCGUAUCAUCGAGUUAUCUCGAAGGUUGCGUCAUAGAGGUCCAGAUUGGAGUGGUUUGCAUUGUCAUGGAGAUUGUUACCUUGCUCAUCAGCGGUUGGCUAUUGUAGACCCUACUUCAGGGGAUCAGCCUCUUUACAAUGAAGACAAGACUGUUGUUGUCACAGUGAAUGGUGAGAUAUAUAACCACAAACAAUUGAGAGCACAGCUGAAGAACCAUACGUUCCGAACUGGAAGUGACUGUGAAGUGAUUGCCCAUCUUUAUGAAGAAUACGGAGAAAAUUUUGUGACCAUGUUGGAUGGCAUGUUCUCUUUUGUCCUCCUUGACACUCGUGACAAAAGCUUCAUUGCUGCUCGGGAUGCUAUUGGAAUUACCCCACUUUAUAUGGGCUGGGGUCUUGACGGAUCAAUAUGGUUUGCUUCUGAAAUGAAAGCUUUAAGUGAUGAUUGUGAGCGAUUCAUGACUUUCCUGCCAGGGCAUAUUUAUUCAAGCAAAGAAGGAGCGCUUAGAAGGUGGUACAACCCACCUUGGUAUUCAGAGCAAAUACCUUCAACUCCAUAUGAUCCCCUGCUUUUACGUAGGGCCUUUGAGCAGGCUGUGUUAAAGAGACUUAUGACAGAUGUACCUUUUGGCGUGCUUCUAUCUGGAGGAUUGGACUCGUCACUUGUUGCUGCUGUGGCUUCUCGCUAUUUGGUUGAAUCGGAAGCUGCUUGUCAGUGGGGGUCCCAGUUGCACACAUUUUGUAUUGGUUUGAAGGGUUCUCCAGAUCUAAAAGCUGCCAGAGAGGUAGCAGAUUAUCUUAAAACUCGUCACCAUGAGUUUCACUUUACCGUUCAGGAAGGAAUAGAUGCUCUUGAGGAAGUCAUUUACCAUAUAGAAACAUAUGAUGUGACUACUGUUAGAGCGAGCACUCCAAUGUUUCUUAUGUCUCGAAAAAUUAAAUCUUUAGGAGUGAAAAUGGUUUUGUCUGGUGAAGGUUCAGAUGAAAUCUUUGGAGGUUAUCUGUAUUUCCACAAGGCACCCAACAAAGAGGAAUUUCACGAAGAAACAUGUCGAAAGAUUAAAGCUCUUCAUCUUUAUGAUUGCUUGAGAGCAAAUAAAUCAACCUCUGCGUGGGGUGUUGAAGCCCGUGUACCCUUCUUAGAUAAAGAGUUCAUCAAUCUUGCAAUGAGUAUAGAUCCAGAAUGGAAAAUGAUCAGGCCUGAUCUUGGAAGGAUAGAGAAGUGGGUCUUACGCAAUGCAUUUGAUGAUGAAGAGAACCCAUACUUGCCAAAGCACAUAUUAUACAGGCAGAAGGAACAAUUCAGUGACGGAGUCGGGUACGGUUGGAUUGAUGGCCUAAGGGAUCAUGCAAACAAACAUGUUACUGAUGCAAUGUUGAUGAAUGCAAGCUUUGUAUACCCUGAAAACACUCCUACCACAAAAGAGGCAUACUAUUAUAGAACUAUCUUCGAGAAAUUCUUCCCAAAGAAUGCUGCAAGAUCAACUGUUCCUGGAGGUCCAAGUGUAGCUUGCAGUACGGCAAAGGCAGUGGAAUGGGAUGCAGCCUGGUCUAAAAAUCCUGACCCAUCUGGUCGUGCUGCCCUUGGCGUGCAUGCAGCUGCAUAUGAGGAAGCAGCAGAUGGUAAGCUGAUGAAUGGCAAUUGAUUGAAGACAUUCAAAAAAUUGAUAGAGGACCUGGUACCCUCUUUUAUAUGUGGCACAAUAACAGGGCUAGGGUUAAUCACUGACAAUGAAGAUAUUGCUAUCAAGUCAUGCGGUGGUGAACUCUGCAAAUUAAUGUCAUCAUCAAAGCUGUCGAAGAGGUGGUUGUUAUGUAUAAUAUCUAAUGUCCAAUCUUUAUUUCGAGUAGUACACUUUCCCAUCUUUCUAUAGGGUUCCUUUCGUGGAUUUUUUUAAAAAUAAUUUUCACAUUUCAGUGUGUUAAUUUCUUAGAUGUAUGAAGUUGAAUCAUCAGUUGUUUGAUGCUGGUGGAAUAAUAUAAGGGUGAAAUAUUGUUGA